AAAACACUACUGGUGCAGGCUGACUGGUGCGGAUCUCAAGAACCGUCAAACCAGCCGGAGCCGUAGCCACAGUGCUCGCAGUAGAUGGUUUGUUGUGUUGAUCUUGCAGCAGCACUCAUCUGAUUGACCGCUAUCCCAGCUGUUAUUUGCUUUUGAAGCUUUUUGAAAAUUUCAACUAUGAAUGGUCGUAACUAGAGACAAGGCGAAAUACACAUCUCAAAAUCACACAUCAUAGUAGCAGAACAGCCGGGAAGCGUUUGAUUGGGCAAGAGAAACUCCCACCCUUUUUCGUCUCAAUAUGAAGAGGGUCGUUUUAUUCAGGAACGGCACUGAAGUGGACGGAAAGGUGUUUCUGGUCACGCACUCGCUGGAGGAUCUGCUCACCUCAGCAAGUGUCAAGUUCAACAUUCACGCCAAACGAUUGUUCACCUCUCAGGGUGGUGAGAUUGACGAGGUGAAGUUGCUGCGGGACGACGACGUGCUGUAUGUGUCCGAGGGGGAAGACUUCCUCGGCUCCAGCGUGCGGCCAGUGAAAUGCACCUCUGAGUGGGUUGUCCUGAACGUGGGUGGCAGGCGCUUCAGCACCACCAGGUCCACCCUGGUGGCCAAGGAGCCAUCCUCCAUGUUGGCACGCAUGUUUGGCUCGGGUACGUGCUGGAAAGUUUCCUUCCUCGUUGUUUCUCAAUCCAUGCCAAUAGGUAUGAUGCCGGCCAACCAAGACCCUGAAGGCGCCUACCUCAUCGACCGCAGCCCUGUUUACUUUGAGCCUAUUCUCAACUAUCUGCGCCACGGCAAACUGGUCUACGACACCAACGUCAGCCCUGAGGGCCUGCUGGAGGAGGCGAGGUUCUUUGGCGUUGAGUCACUGAUCCCACAGCUGGAGAACUUGGUCAGCCAGAUGCACAGGUCCAAGGACCUGGCGCCUCUUGGCAGAAGGGACGUCAUCAAUGCCCUCAUCAUAACGCCCUACACAACAGAACUCAGAUUCCAGGGCGUGAAUUUGGCUGGAUCUGACCUGUCGAGACUGGACCUACGCUACAUAAACUUCAAGUACGCGUGUCUGCACGGCUGCCGCAUCAUGGGCGCCAAUUUGAGCUGGUGCUGCCUGGAGAGGGCCGACCUGAGCCACUCGCAGCUGGACGGUGCGCAGCUGCUGGGCGUGAAAAUGCUGUGCGCCAACCUGGAGGGCGCCAGUCUGCGCAGCUGCAACUUCGAAGACCCGGCCGGCAACCGCGCCAACAUGGAGAGCGUCAACUUGAAGGGCGCCAACCUGGAGGGUUCCAACAUGGCCGGCGUCAACCUCAGGGUGGCCACCCUGAAGAACGCAAACCUGCAGAAUUGCGUGCUCAGGGCGGCCGUGCUGGCCGGCGCGGAUCUCGAGAGCUGUGACCUUUCAGGCUCUGAUCUGCACGAGGCCAACUUGCGCGGCGCCAACCUGAAGGAUGCGGCCUUCGAGUUGAUGCUGACGCCGCUGCACAUGUCGCAGACCAUUCGUUAGUCAUUGCCAACCUUGUGAUAUCAACGUGAUUUUCAUUUCAGUAGCAUUUGCUGUAAUUAAGUAGGAAAUAGAUCUGUUGAAUCCAGUCAGUGAUCGAUUUCUAUGCUAAGCAUUGUACUGUUACUCAAAGUAUCACUGUUGGAAACCCAGAGCAUGACUAAAAAGUAACUAUAACAAUUUAAGACCUAGCAAUAGGUUAUAUUUUGUAUAAAAAUAACAGUUAAUUUUACUAAGUUAACAAAAAUAUUUAAAUCAUUAUAUUCUCUUUUUUUUAAAAAAAGGGAAGGUAAAUUUAAAUACCAAAAACUAAAGAGGAUUUGUAGCUCUGCUGGUAAAUAAUUAUAGUUUAUUUCUCUCGUCUGCUGUUGCAAAACUGAAAGUCGUAAAACGCUUCCUCUGAUCACAUUAGAUUGCAUUCAAUCGCAUGCAAGAUUGAAUGAAAUUUGUGCUUUUGCCGGUUUCAAAAAUACUUGUAUCUUUUGUUUGACUCAAAUUUUGGUUCAAAUUUACACCUGCAAAUCUGAAAUUUCUUAAGAGCCAGAUUUGCUAAAUGCUCUAGUAGGUAGGUCAAUUCAAUUGUAUAUAAAUAUAAUCUAAAUAUUUUGUUUUUAUGAUAAAUACUGUUAAAUGAACAUCCCACAAAUCCCAUAGCCUUGGCUGUUUUAGUUCCUGAUCAGUUACAAUAAUUCAUUUUCAUAACAACUUAAUUAAAAUUUGACUUGGCUGUCCAAAUGAAUAAUUAUUGUAGUCAACACUUCCAAUGUCAAGAUAAAAUAAUUGAUGUCCCGUCUUAAUUUUGCGCAUUUCUAAAUAAACGCUAGCGUCAAAAUCGCUUGGGAGUCUCUCAAAGAGAAAAAGGUGUGUUGAUUUUAAAUCUACUAGUCAAAUGUAAUCUGGCGCAAUAUUUUAUGAGUGUACAUAUUAAUAUUUAAGAGGGUUUAGUGCUCAUUAUAUUUAUCGCUUAUUUUUGUAUUCAGUCUCUCAAGCACAAAUCUUCCGAGUAAAGAUAAAGUUUCAGGAGGAAAAGAGUAGAUGUGUAUCUUCUGAGAAGUCUUUAGCUUUAACUGUACACCUUUAAAUUAAUAAAUCAAUAUUCAACUGUACAA